AUGGAUCCGAACAGAAAUCAACGGUCUAACAACGGCUCGGGGACAAACGGAAACGGCAACAACCCUCCGGUGACCAAGACGGUCAAGACAGCUACAACCAAGACAACUGCAUUGAAGCCAGCUCCUGUCCAAGCCGCACGUGCUACAAACACCAGCACUGCCACUGCCAGCUCAACUGCUACCAACUCCACUGCUACCAACUCCAAUGCUACCAACUCCACUGCUACCAACUCCACUGCUACCAACUCCACUGCUACCAACUCCACUGCUACCAACUCGACUUCUGCCACCAACACCAGAACUGUGACCCAUCGCCCAGCCCAGACUACCGCAACCAAUAAUGCCCAAACUUCUGGGCGCCAGAAUGUAACUCGCACCGCCGCGGGUGCCGAGGGAUCAGCCAGAACCCAACCCCGAGCAACGGCUGCAAGCACAAACACCAACGCAACCGCAAGUACUAGCGGACCAAGGGCUACUGCAAGCACGGCUGGUGCAAAAAAGACUGCUGCCGCCAAAACCGAGGAUGACCCCUCGCUCGCCUACGCCCGCCGUAUCGCCGAGCUCGCCGUGCAGCGUGCUGUCCUCGUCACCAAGACCGUCUUGAGGUCGAUUCCCAAGAAAGCGCCUGCUGGUCCGAACGCUCCGCUGAGCCAGAAACAGAAUGCUGGCACGACGGACGGUACCUCAGCGGCCAAGAAGGACAACUCCCCCGUUACUAUCGCCGACUUUGCCGUACAGGCCCUGCUCAUUUCCGGGAUGCGCAAGGCUUUCCCGAACUAUGGUUUUCUCGGCGAAGAAACUGCUGGAAAGCUUCGAGAGGACGAAAGGAUGAGGGAAAAGGUAUGGAAGCUGGUGCAAAAGACUAAGUUGUCCGACCCUGCUUGCGAGGCCCUGCUCGGGAAGCCAGGGGGCCCGCAAGAGAUGAUGGAUAUAAUCGACAUUGGAGCCAGCAAGACCAACGCGGAGCCAAACAAGAAGUAUAUCAUAAUGGACCCCGUCGAUGGGACGUCGGCAUUCAUGGAACACGGCCAGUACGCCGUCGUCCUCGGUAUGGUCGAGAACGGACACGAGAUUAUGGGGGUGGUGGCCGGUCCGAACGUCAAGUUUGACGAUGUCGUCUUGGGGGGUGCAAAGAUCAGAGAGUUUGACACCGACGAAGAUGGUUUGGGAACCAUGAUUUCCGCCGUCAGGGGUUAUGGAGCCACAGCUCGGCCCGUUGGGCCCGGAGAACUGCUGCCGGCAGUUCCCCUCAACCGGGCAUCGCAACCGCCGCCCAAGCUUGACAAAACAAAGCCUGGGCUGGCCAAGUUCUACGGCCUGAAAUAUGUCGACUCCGAGAAUAGCCCAAAGAGCCGAUGGGACAAGGUUCAGGACUUUGCCGGAGGACCUGACAAGUACAAGAAAGCGUUGCAGCUGUACUCGUCGCACGUUCGUUACAUGGCCAUGGCCCUAGGCGACCGGACAUACACCCAGAUUCGGUGGCCGGACGAACGCAAGAAACCGUUCAAGCCAUGGUCCAUCUGGGACCACGUCGGCACACCGUUGAUCUACACAGAAUCUGGACCGUCGAAGGUGACUGAUCUACACGGCAAGCCCCUUACUUACAACGAGGGUAGGGAUAUGUUGAGCUAUUAUGGUAUCAUCACGGCCGAUGCGACGAUUCACAAAGCCAUCGUAGAUGCGGUGAAGGUGGAGCUUGCUGCUGAGCAAAAGCUUGUUGCUGCGAAAAAGCUUACUGCUGCGAAAAAGUGA